UGACACACUUACACAUGUACGUCUCUCUCUCUCUCUCUCUCUCUCUCUCUCUCACACACACACACACACAGUCACUUUCCAUUCACACGCAGAUCUCCCACCUUAUUGGGCUCUUUUCAUUAUUAAGCAUCAAAAUUCAUUUUGUUCUUCCCUUGACUCUAUGUAAAGACAAGUCAUCGCACGCCCCUCUCUCCCUCUCUCGCUCUCUAUACUUUCUCUGUCUAAAAGUGGUUUUGAAUCGAAAAUGAAAGGUUUUACGUUGUACGAGAGAUUUUCUCGAACCGUCCGUCUCAAUCCUUCUAUCUCAGGACUGCUCGUCGCCUUCACCGUCAGUGGUGGAGGUCUUGUAGCUUAUUCUGAAGCAAAAUCUCCAGAUGGUUUAAACAUAGCUGAUUCAUCUGAGGCUGAUAAUAAGAGAAAGAGGGUGGUAGUGCUUGGAACUGGUUGGGCUGGAACCAGUUUUGUGAAGAAUCUGAAAAAUGCAUCGUAUGAUGUCCAAGUGAUAUCACCUCGUAAUUACUUUACUUUUACUCCUUUGCUACCAAGUGUUACAUGUGGCACUGUGGAAGCUCGCAGCAUUGUUGAACCAAUCCGUAAGAUUGUCAAAAAGAAAAGCGUUGAUAUUCGUUACUGGGAAGCUGAAUGUUUCAAGAUUGAUCCAGAAAAUAAGCAAGUUUAUUGUCGAGCUAAUCAGGAAACUGACUUGAAUGGGAAAGAAGAAUUUGUUGUACCCUAUGACUACCUUGUAAUAGCAGUUGGAGCACGUCCUAAUACGUUCAACACUCCUGGUGUGGAGGAGAAUUGCCAUUUCUUGAAGGAAGUAGAAGAUGCUCAGAAGAUUCGUAGCACUGUUGUUGACUGCUUUGAAAGUGCCUGCCUACCUACUUUAAGUGAUGAAGAAAGGAAGAGAAUUCUUCAGUUUGUUGUGGUUGGUGGUGGACCGACUGGUGUGGAGUUUGCAGCUGAGCUUCAUGAUUUCGUAUCUGAAGAUUUAGUCAAGUUAUACCCUAGAUCAAAAGAUUUGGUGAAAAUAACCCUUUUAGAGGCCACAGAUCAUAUAUUGAACAUGUUUGACAAGCGAAUCACGGCUUUUGCAGAAGAAAAAUUCCAAAGAGAUGGUAUUGAUCUGAAAACAGGGGCAAUGGUUGUGAAUGUAACAGAUAAAGAGAUUUCUACUAAAGAGAUUAAAACUGGGAAAAUAUCUUCUAUGCCAUAUGGAAUGGUUGUUUGGUCCACUGGUAUUGGGACUCAUCCUGUCAUUAGGGAUUUUAUGAGACGAAUUGGCCAGGCUAAUAGACGUGCAUUAGCAACUGAUGAAUGGCUGCGAAUUGAAGGAUGUGACAACAUAUAUGCACUUGGAGAUUGUGCAACAAUUAAUCAGCGGAAAGUCAUGGAAGAUAUUUUGGCAAUAUUUAAAAAAGCGGACAAGGAUAACUCUGGAACACUUACAGUCAAGGAAUUUCAAGAAGUCCUCAAUGAUAUAUGCGAGAGAUAUCCUCAACUGGGGCUUUAUUUGAAGAAUAAACGGCUGCACAAUAUUGUAGAUCUAUUGAAGGAUUCCAAAGGGGAUGUAGCAAAAGAAUCCAUUGAAUUGAACAUUGAAGAAUUCAAAACAAUUCUCUCCGAAGUGGAUUCCCAGAUGAAGAAUCUUCCCGCAACAGCCCAGGUUGCAGCUCAGCAAGGUGCUUAUCUUGCCAAUUGUUUUAACCGCAUGGAGGAGUGCGAGAAAAAUCCAGAAGGUCCUCUUCGGUUUAGGGGAGAAGGUCGCCACCGGUUUCGUCCCUUCAGAUACAAACAUUUGGGACAAUUUGCUCCACUGGGGGGAGAGCAAACUGCAGCCCAACUUCCCGGAGAUUGGGUUUCAAUUGGCCGUAGCAGUCAAUGGCUUUGGUAUUCUGUGUAUGCAAGCAAGCUAGUUAGUUGGCGGACUAGGGUAUCAGUGAUAUCAGAAUGGAUAAUGCGUUUCAUUUUCGGGAGGGAUUCAAGCGGCAUAUGAGGCAGCUAACAAGUUCUCGAUUCUCGAUAAGUGUAAUGGGAGGUGUACGUUUUGUUAAUUAUAUAUAUAUAUAUUCGCUAGUUUACUUGUGAUUUUUGGCAUUUAUUUUUGCUAAUUAUAGUAAAAAUUAUAGAGUGCACAUUAAACUGCAUAAUCGAUCAAAUGAUUUAC